AUGCCCCCAGCAUUUGAGAAACUGGAAGUAUGUAAUUAUAGCCAAGAUAGGGAGGGAUUAAAAUUGUUUAUUCAGUCUUCCAAUGCCGAGCAUGGUGUGAUAGAGUUUGUUCAGGCUUCCAAUGUUGAGCAUGAUCUAAAAGAGUUUAUUCAACCUUCUAAUGAUGUGCAAUAUGGUAUAAAAGAGUAUAUUCUGCCUUCUAAUGUUGUGCAUGAUAUGAGUGAUGAAGAACUGUUUUGGAGAGCUUCAAUGAACCCUAAGAUUCGUGAAUACCCCUUUGAUCGAGUCCCAAAGGUGGCCUUCAUGUUCUUGGUAAGGGAUCUUGUGCCUUUGGCUCCUUUUUGGGAAAAGUUCUUCACAGGGCAUGAAGGGUUCUACUCUAUUUACGUGCAUUCCAAUCCUUCUUUCAAUGGUUCAGACCCGGAGACUUCAGUGUUUCAUAGAAGAAGAAUUCCUAGCAAGCAACAACACCUGGAUCUGACAUAUCCUACUCUGGUUGUAAUGCAGGAAGUGGAGUGGGGCAAAUUCAACAUGAUUGAAGCAGAGCGUCGCCUACUGGCCAAUGCCCUUCUUGAUUUCUCAAACCAACGGUUUGUUCUCAUGUCAGAGUCUUGCAUUCCUAUCUUCAACUUCUCAACAAUCUACUCUUAUUUAAUGAACUCCACCCAAAGCUACGUGAUGGCUUAUGAUCUGGAUAGUGCAGCUGGACGUGGACGUUACAGCAUCCACAUGUCUCCCACGAUCACCCUCCAGCAAUGGAGAAAAGGGUCUCAGUGGUUUGAAAUGGACAGAGAGCUAGCAUUGGAAGUAGUGUCAGACAGAAUGUACUUCCCAGUUUUUCAAGUGUUGUGCAAAGGAUCAUGUUAUGCUGAUGAACAUUACUUGCCAACAUUUGUUAGCAUUAAGUUUUGGAAGAAGAACUCAAAUAGGAGUUUGACUUGGGUUGAUUGGUCAAAGGGUGGGCAGCACCCAACCAAAUAUGUCAGAACAGAGGUUACUAAAGCCUUCUUGGAGAAAUUGAGGAACAAGAAAUGUGAAUAUAAUGGCAAGUUUGGAAAUCACACAAAUCCUUGUUUUCUCUUUGCAAGGAAAUUCUUGCCCUCUUCGUUGACCAGGCUCAUGAGGUUUGGUCCAAGCGUCAUGUACAUGUAA